AUGUCGACAUCAAUAGGAAGAUUUGUGAAGAACGCCUACAAAUCAGGCCUCAAGAGAGCAGCAUGGCAAUUACAAUUCCACAACGACUUGAAAUCGGGUUGGCUAGUAGGUGAAGACGACUACGGCAACAAAUAUUACGAGACAGAUGCACCAGAGGAGAUCCAUUUGAGAACACGCUGGGUCGAAUAUAACAGCUGGCACCCCGAUAUGUCGCAAGUCGAGCCUGGCUGGCAUUAUUGGUUGGCGUAUGGAACUAACACUGCGCCCAAUGCGUUGCCUGAGUCACAGAGAGCACAUAGAGCUUAUCCUUUGCCUGCUAAGCAUAAGCCCAACUAUACUAAUACUCCUGGUGCUUAUGUGUGUUAUAACACUGCUAAGCCCAAGUGUCUGAGCUGGAGUCCUGAGGUUGCGCAGAGAGUAUAG